UUUUUUUUUUUGAGAAUCUUUUUCUUUCCUCUUCUUCUUUUACAAUUUGGGUUUUAUACUUUUAUUAUAAAUGAUGAUUUUGGGUUGGGUUUGAUUAAGGCAGGGAUUUUGGGCGGAGAAAGCAAAAAUUUUGGGCGGAGAAAAUGGUGAUUUUGGCAUCUUCUUCAGCAUCUUCUUCUUUCUUUCUUCUUCUUCUCCUUCUUCUUUUUUCAAUUUUGGUUUGAUUAUUUAUAUGAAUUUGUAUAUGGGUUUGAUGAAUUUGGAUCUAGAUUUGGUGUGUCCAUGUUGUUGUGGUGGUGGUUGCCGGUAUUGUGUUGCAGUGGUGGUGGUUGGCGGUACUGUGUUGCAGUGGUGGUGCUUAGCGGUUAGCGGUGCUGGGUUGUUGUGAUGGUCGGCUGCUUCUUCUUCUUCUUGGCAUUGAUCAGUGGGUGAGAGAGGGUCUGAUAAGGCAAGAGAGAGGAGAGAGAAAAAAAUCUAUAGAAGAGCUACAGUAACCGUGUAAAUUUACACGGUUACUGUAGUUCAGGAAAAUUUUUAGAAGACUUUUCACAAUUUUACAUGAGCUGAUGAGGGAGGUUUUUUGAUCAAAAUGUGUAAAAUGGAGGAGUUUUUAUAUUAUAGAAUACUAUCCACCAACUGAUGAGGGAGAUUUUUUGAUCAAAAUGUGUAAAAUGAAGGAGUUUUUAUAUUAUAAAAUACUAUCCACCAACUGAUGUGGAUGCAUACCUGAUAUCAUAAAAUACAUUAUAUAUCCUACUAACUCUCUCAUGUGGACCCACACGUGUGGGGUACGAGGGAGGAGUGGAGGACGCCUCUUCACCAACCAGCUGAUGUGCGUUGACCAAUGCUACGUAUAAAUCUACGAAAAUGUUUUGACAACAAACUCCAAUUUCGCUGCUUCUAAAACUCUCUCACAGCAACAUGACAAAGCUACCUGUGAAGUACUAUGUGGUGGACGCGUUCACUGACUCAGCUUUCAAGGGAAACCCAGCAGCGGUGUGUUUGUUAGAGGAAGAGAGAGAUGAGAAAUGGUUGCAAGCUGUGGCAGCUGAGUUCAACAUCGCCGAGACUUGCUACUUGACUCGGCUAUCUGGGUCCGACUCUCUUGACUCGUCCAAUCCUAGGUUCCAUCUCAGAUGGUUCACUCCUGUUGCUGAGGUUGAGCUUUGUGGCCAUGCUACAUUGGCAGCUGCACAUGCAUUGUUUUCAUCUGGUUCAGUGAAUUCCAACAUUAUUGAGUUUGUCACACUGUCCGGAAUUUUAACUGCUAAAAAGUUCCAGGAAACCACGGCCUCUAAUAGUUCAGAUAUUCAGAAUGGUGAAUCACAAGAGUGCUUUCUGAUUGAAUUGGAUUUUCCAACUAUUCCAACAAUUGAUUUCAAUUCUGAAGAAGUUUCUUCAAUUUCCAAUGCCUUGAAUGGUGCUUCUGUGAUUGAUAUAAAGAAAACUACUACAGAUGCCCUCUUUGUUGUACUCCCAUCAGGAGAAAGUGUGGUUGAAAUACAGCCAGAGUUUGAUGCUAUACGUAAAUUUCCUGGAAUGGGGAUAAUUGCAACAGGGGCUGCUCCCUCAGGGUCUGGGUUUGAUUUUUACAGUCGGGCCUUUUGGCCAAAAUUUGGGAUCAAUGAGGAUCCUGUUUGUGGGAGUGCACAUUGUGCACUAGCACCAUACUGGAGCAAAAAACUGGGGAAGUGUGAUCUUCUUGCGUAUCAGGCAUCACCUAGAAGUGGAGUACUAUACAUUCAUCUAGACGAACAAAACCAGAGGGUGCUAAUGCGAGGAAAAGCUGUUACUAUCAUGGAAGGGUCACUUUUAGUUUAGAAAUUUGAAGUUAAAACUCCAUAUUGCAUGUAUUUUACAAUUGAAAUAAGUGACUAUUACGGGGUGGAAGAAUCCCCUGGAGCUAGAGUUGGAAUUUCAAAUUCUAUAGCUGUAAGGUGAUAUUUUUUCCCCCUUGAAGAGAAACUUUCAAUAACUGUUCCACAUAACAAUGUUUGUCAAGGAAAGUUUUCAAAUACAGCUUCAUUUUUCUCUAUAA